AUGCCACCAGGUCCAACACCGCUCCCCUUUAUUGGAAACCUGAAUAUUUUGAACCUGAAAAGGCCUUUCCAGUCCCUUAUGAAGCUUUCUGAGAAGUAUGGAGAAGUAUUUACUGUCCACUUUGGCCCUAAGAAGAUGGUGGUGCUUGCAGGGUACAAGGCUGUGAGGGAUGCUCUCGUUACACAGGCAGAUGACUUUGGAGAAAGAGCAGAAAUGCCAAUAUUUAAAAAACUGACACAUGGAAAUGGCAUUGUGUUCAGUAAUGGGGAAUCCUGGAAAGUAAUUCGAAGAUUUACACUUUCGACUCUCCGAGAUUUUGGCAUGGGCAAGAAAACAAUUGAGACCAGGAUCCAAGAUGAACUCCGUCCUCUCAUCAAGCAGUUCAAGUCACACACUGGCAAACCUUUUGAUCCAAAGAUUAUAUUAAACAGUGCUGUCUCUAACGUAAUCUGCUCCAUUAUAUUUGGGAAGAGGUUUGAGUAUAAUGACACAACCUUUCUCACUCUGCUCCAGUUACUGAAUGAAAAUGCAAGACUUUUUGGAACCCCACCGCUGCUGCUUUUUAAUUUUUACCCUUUCCUUGGCUCCAUUCUUGGGGCACAUAACAGAGUCCUGAGCAAUACAGAGCGCCUGAAGCAUUUCUUUACGAAAUACAUCAAAGAACACAGAGUGGAAUUUAGUGCCAAUAAUAUCACUGGUUUCAUUGACGCAUAUCUCCUGAAACAGGAACAGGAAUCCUCAAAUGCAGGAACUCACUUCCACGAUGAAAACCUUGUCUACUGUGUACUGGACCUUUUUGCGGCUGGUACUGAGACAUCAUCUACAACUUUACGGUGGGGUCUCUUACUGAUGAUGAAGUAUCCAGAGAUUCAAAAAAGAAUCCAAAAGGAAAUAAAGGAAGUUGUGAGACCAGGGCAGUUACCGAAGGUGGAAGAUCGGAGGAAUAUGCCUUAUACUGAUGCAGUGAUUCACGAAAUACAAAGAUUUGCUAACAUUGUCCCCAUGAACGUGUCCCGGGCAACUGUCAGGGAUGUGAAUUUCCGCGGCUUUCUUAUCCCAAGGGGGACUGAAGUCAUUCCUAUGCUUACAUCUGUUCUGUAUGACAAAUAUCAUUGGAAAACACCCCAUGAAUUUAACCCCCAACAUUUCCUGGAUGAAAAUGGUAAAUUUGUGCAAAAGGAUGCCUUCAUGCCAUUCUCUACAGGAAGAAGAGCCUGUGUUGGGGAAAGCUUGGCCAAGAUGGAACUAUUCUUGUUUUUCACAGGUCUGCUCCAAAAUUUCACUUUUUCCCCACCUGCAGGAGUAUCUGGGGCAGACUUGGAUCUCACCCCUGAUAUUGGGUUUGUUUUAAGCCCUCUUCCUUUCAUGAUGUGUGCCAUUCCCAACAAAUAA